CUUCUCAGACCACAGUCUGAGUUAGACAUUCAGGAGGCAGCAUGUGUGAGAACGGGCUCUAAUGUGUACAGACCGAAAUGCUUCGCUGGAGUCCACGAGAAGUCUCGCAGAUGCAAAGAAGUCUAGCCUUUCUCUUCAGUGGACGCAUGUUGAUUGUGUUUUAACCUUUACAGGGAUUCAAGUGUCACUCUCACAGGAGGAAUUAGGAACUUCAUUAAAGGUAAACCCAUCUCAACCUUUGAGCCCGUCUGAAUUAUGCGGUUGGUAAAGUCUGACAACACAGCGAUGAGAGCAAGAUAAUGAUGUCGGCGUAUACACAAAGUUAAACAAUGGGAAACGCGGAGAGCCAAGAUGGGGUCAGAAAUUAUUAUGGUGAUGGGGCGGGACAUCUUUCCCGCAAGCAUACAUCCCGCUCAUUCCGCCUUUACAACACGCAUGGAGUCCCCCGCCGUCCGACGCACUCUUCAUCACUGAACCAGGAGCACAGAAACUCGGCAACCUCAACUCGUUCCUCCAGCACCCCAAGCAUCCCACAAUCCUUAGUGGAGAACGGAUUGGAGCCUUUCAACGCCACUGAUGAGUUAAGCGAGUUCGGUGUGAACCCUCACUGGACACAACGUGUUGCUAUGACAAUGAGACCUGAGUCCUACCAGCACGACGAGGACCCUUUGGCAACCCCGACCCCUGAAACCUCAGAGGCAGACACUGUUCCCCAGGAUGGGGGGGAGGACUCAGAAGGGGAGGGGGAAGCAGCAGGGGAGGAAAGGUACCUCCAGCGAGUUACUGAGGGCUCCAGAGAUGGAGGAAACUUUAAAAAGAAACGCUCAAAAUCGGCAGACAUGUGGAGAGAAGAUAGCCUGGAGUUCUCCUUAUCCGACCUGAGCCCGGAGCAUCUCACCAGCACUGAGGAGAUGAUUGAUGGAGGAGAAGAGGAGGAGGAGGAGCAGUUUACAUGCCCCAGAGGUGGUGCAAGUUCUGAAAGGGCGUCGUCUUUGGACCAUCUCUGCAGCCACAGUCCUGGCCUACGGGGACAGUCGGGUCGGUAUAUUAAAAGCCACAGAGUGGAGUGCAAUGGAGAUGGACAAGAGGAUGGGUUGAUGUCUCCUAAUGAAGAGGACGGCGGCGGAUAUGAAGCUUUUACGCUCCCUUGUCGGCGCUCUCACUGUCUCUCUGAGGGCUUGUCAAUGCUGGGGAUCUCGAAUGCACCGUGCCCUGCCUUCCAGGGACGACGAGCACAGACCACUCAGAACAUUUCUGGUGUCUUGAGUGAGGGAAGCGAAUAUGAGGACAGCGGGAUUGACGGCGUUGCUGCAGAUGGAGAUGGAGAACUGGUCGGGAGGAGGUGUAAGGCCAUGUCAGCCUCUUUCUCAGUGUACUCAGCCACAGAGAGCUGUGUUUUUAACGGGAGUGACAGUGGAAGCAGCAGCGCAGGUGGAGGAGACGGAAGAGGAGGAGAUGGAGGGAGGGGAGGAGUGUAUGAAAAUUUCCGUAAGGAGCUGAACAGUCAAGUCUGGAGGAAUCAGGGCCGCGACUGUCUGGAGGAAGCAGGCUCUGCUGUUAGUGAUGAGCAGAGUAGUGGCACACUCAGCACUGCAUAUCCACCCGACAGUGUGAUGGACUGUGAACAAGGCACAGUCAGAAAAGCUGGGGUCCUGGCAGUGAAGAACUUCCUGGUUCAUAAGAAAAGCAAGAAGGUGGAACUUGCAACACGGCGCAAGUGGAAAAACUAUUGGGUGUCUCUAAAGGGCGGGACCCUUUUUUUGUACGAAUCAGAUGGUCGCUCAGGUUUUGACAAUAACAGUGUUCCCAAACACGCUCUUUGGGUGGAGAACAGCAUUGUCCAAGCAGUACCCGAACACCCCAAAAAAGACUUUGUCUUUUGCCUCAGCAACUCGGUUGGAGAUGCCUUCCUGUUCCAGACAUCAGGCCAAACUGAACUGGAGAACUGGAUUACAGCGAUCCACUCUGCGUGUGCUGCUGCGCUUGCUCGACAGCACCACAGAGAGGACACCGUGCGGCUGCUCCGGACCGAAAUCCGCAAGCUGGAGCAGAAGAUUGACAUGGAUGAGAAAAUGAAAAAGAUGGGAGACAUGCAGCUUUCCACAGUCACUGAUGCAAAGAAAAGAAAGACCAUAGUUGAACAGAUCUCUCUGUGGGAGCAGAACUUGGAGCGGUUCCACAUAGAUCUCUUCCGAUGCCGCUGCUACCUGGCCAGCCUUCAGGGAAGUGAACCUCCUAACCCCAAACGUCUUCUGGGUUUUGCUUCACGUCCUACAAAAGCAGCCAUGGGUCGACUGGGCAUUUUUUCUGUCUCUUCUUUCCAUGCUCUGGUGUCUGCCCGCACUGAAAGCAGCAUGAGGAGGCGGAACCAGUCCCUGAAUCGCACCUUCAAUAAACGGCGUAGCCGCUUCUCCUCCCUCUGGGGUCUGGACACCGCCUCCAGGAGGAAGACCAAGGGGCGACCUUCAGUCGAUCAGGUGUUUUGUGUUGAGAGGGAGCUUUCCAGGAAACCUUUGGAGCGCAUGUUUGAAGAUUCUGCCAGUGAGAUAUCUAGAAAAACCGAAGAUUCUACAAAAAGUCUUCCUCAGCACAACACAGACAAUGAUAUUUGGGUUCCUGAUUACUUAAGGCCUUCCUGGGUGUGUUUGCCAAAUAAUCAGCCUGUUCUGGCCAUUGUACAACCUGGGGAGACAACGCUGGAUGUCUUGAGCUCUGUAUGCAAGAACCAUACGAUCGAUCCAUCUGGCCACUACCUCCGCAUAAAAGUUUGGGUUGACAACCAAAUGCUUUUUUAUAUUCCCAAAUUUGAAGAAGAUAUAUCUGAUUUGCUUUACAAAGAAAUUGAGAUUUGUCCCAAACCUUCCAAGGUGAUCCGUUUUGACAAAGCAGAGUCAUGCACCGCUGGAUAUGGUUUCUCUGUAGCAGUUAUAGAUGAGGAGAGUGUGCAGCAGCUUCACAUCACAGAAAUUAAAGAAGGAGGUCUGGCUUCAUCUAAAGGUUUGAAAUCAGGGGAUGAGAUUUUAUCCCUCAACGGUAAAACUGCAUCCGCCCUCCAAAUGGAUGAUAUGAGAGCUGCGUUUGCAAACCAUACGCUUACCUUGAACGUCAGCACCCUACCUGACCUGGACCCGGAGGUGCUGUGCUUCCACCCACCCAGACGCUCUGACAGGGACCAUGAUCUUUCCACAGAUAUCUUCUCCCAGAGCCAAGAGGACAUCCUGGAUGGUGUGUCAGGUCUUACUCCGGACAGCCCAGAUGAGAGUUUGGAGGACCGACCUCAGCUUACCCAUCAGACCUCUGAAGAUCUUCAGGAAAACAGGACCUUCAUAGAGAUUGGAGAUAAGAACACAGAGCAAGGGACCACAUUUUGUCCAAGCCUUCAUGACAUGAAUUCGCUGGAAUGCCCCAUAUCAUCAUCCUCAUCGUCAUCCUCUUCAUCCCUCUCUCCAAGUCCUGUGUCGAUCUUACCGCCCACAGCAGGAACUGCCACCCAGAGGCAACUCUCCCACGCAGACAAACUGCGCAAAGUCAUAAAUGAAUUAGUGGAGACGGAGAAAACUUAUGUCAAAGACUUGAGAUUCCUCAUCGACCGCUACCGGAAACCUUUACAGAAAGAGCAUUUUCUGACUCAGGAUGAGCUGGACAUUUUGUUUGGAAACCUUGGCGAGAUGGUGGAAUUCCAGGAGGAGUUUCUGCGAACGCUGGAAGAUGGAAUCAGACUGGUGCCUGACCUGGACAGGCUGGAGAGGGUGGAACAAUUUAAGAAAGUGUUGUUCUCUCUGGGUGGUUCAUUCCUUUAUUAUGCUGAUCGCUUCAAGAUCUACAGUGCUUUCUGCGCCUCCCACACUAAAGUCCCCAAAGUCCUUGCUAAAGCCAAAACUGACCCAGAUUUUAAAGCCUUCCUUGCUGAGAGAAACCCCAAACAACAACAUUCAUCCACUUUGGAGUCGUACCUGAUCAAACCUAUCCAGCGAGUCCUGAAGUACCCUUUGUUGUUGAGGGAACUCUACUCUCACACCGACCCCGACAGUGAAGAACAUUAUCAUUUGGAUGUUGCAAUGAAGGCCAUGAACAAAGUUGCUAGUCACAUCAAUGAGAUGCAAAAGCUUCAUGAGGAGUAUGGAGCUGUCUUUGACCAGCUCAUCAAUGAACAGAGUGUUGAAAAAAAAGAGGUCCCUGACCUCUCAAUGGGGGAUCUCUUGUUGCAUUCGACUGUGGUUUGGAUGAAUCCUCCAGUUAAUUUGAUGAAGAGCAAAAAGGACACAGAAUUGGCUGCUUUUGUGUUCAAAACAGCAGUUGUGUUCGUGUACAAAAACUGCUCCAAGCAUCGAAAGAAGAUUGGUGGAACACAUCGUACCUCUGCAGGUGACAACAAAGUUCCUUUCCGCUUCCGUUACAUGAUUGCAACAGAUUCUCUGCAAGUUCGUGGCCAUGCAAACUCUGAAGCAACAGCAGUUUGUGAAAUUGUUCACAUGAAGUCUGAGUCCGAGGGAAGACCUGAAAGAACUUUCCAGUUGUGCUGCAGUUCUCCAGAUAGCAAGAAGGACUUUCUUAAAGCCGUUCAUUCCAUCCUUCGGGAGAAACAACGGCGCCAAUUUCUGAAGUCGGAGUCCAUGCCCUCCAACCAGCAGUAUGCUCCUUUUGGUGGUAAACGGCUUUACUUCCUCAAAGGCGCACGGCAUUCCGUUAACAGAACAGCCUCAGCGCCAUCUCGGACGUUGAGCCGCAAAAGGGUUUUGAAGAACAAAAUAACUGUGGACACUGAGCUGAUCUUUCAGGACACUGACAACAAUAGUGACCGUGCAUCUCCCCUGUCCGCCAACUCCCACCCCCCUCUGGGUCAGCCCCAAAAGCCUCACAGAGAAGACACAGAUCGCUGGCUGGAGGAGCAAUUCAACCUGGGCUGCUAUGAAGACCAGUGUAAUAGCAUCGAGGAGACGGUGAAAGAAACUGACAUUCUGAGCGACGACGACGAGUACUGCAAGUCUGUUCGAUCCGAUUCCGCCGAUCCAGAAGGUUUAAAAGCUAGGAUGGAAGAACUUGAUUUACAAGAUGAGAACAAUCUGAACGGAGAGGCAGGGUCUAAAAGUGAGGCCUCACAGAGUUUGGUUGCUGACCGAACAAAACACGAUUUUGGGUCAGUGGAUUCUCUCUCAUCCUGUGGCGUCUCCGUCACCAGCAGCACACUCUCACCUGUGAGGCUGGCGCCCUUGAAGCACUGUGUAGUGGAAAGCCCCACAAAAAAGGACAGAGAUGUAAUCUGGGUGCGACGAGAUGACUUCACUGGUGUUUGCAACAGUGAUGUAUUCUGAUGAGAUGAAGAAAAGGGAUUUCUCAAAAAGCAAGAUGAUGCAGAAGUUAGGCAGAAGCUUUAAAUAUGUACAAGAGAACAUUUAAGUUUGCCCUCCAACCUGCCACACCCUGACAAUCUUUAAACCCAAACAUCACGGAAAUAAAUACAAAAAAACUUGUAAUGUGGGAUUUUCAUAUGAAGCUGCUUCCAGCAAAGGUAAACCAGUCCUCACUGUGCUGGACAUGCUCCACCAAGUUCCACACCCCACUGUAUUUAUAUGUGAAGAAAAGGAAAACACUAGUGUCUAUUUAUAUACUGCGAGUGCUUAGGACAGGCAGCUAUAGUCCCGUGCACGCACAUUGCACCGAAGAUGCCCUCACUGCGCUGUUACCCUUUGGUCAAAUGAUCUAUUUUUCAACACAGGAAUGUGGAUGUUAUAUAUUUUUUUGACUCUUGUCUCUGUAUUUUAACAUUCAAGGGCUCUGAUCCCUUCAGGGGCUACUGGCUUAAUGACUAUGUGGUAGUCAGUGAUUUCUAACUAGCUUUAUUGUGCAUUUUAUUGUUUAUUUAAACUUUGAUGUACAUUAGUGUAUAUUCGGGAAGAAGACUGUGCUGUUCCCUUUAUCUUUUUAAAACCCUUCUUUUUAAAAAAAAAUUAAUUUUGAAAUUUGAGUUGGAACAGUCCUGAUUUUUUUAUCUAUAAUUUCAGUUUUAACUGUUCAUUGCCAGAAUUUGACCUUAAUAUCAUUAAAUUACAACCCUGACCUAAAUGUUGAGCCUUAUGUUCUUACCCUAGUAAGAUAUAAUUUUCAAAAAAGUAAGAAAAGCAUCAAGGUUAUUAUAAUGCAUAGUUUGUGUUCUCCUCAUGUCCAUAAUGAAUAGUAUCAUUCCCUUCCAUCCUUUUUUACUAGAAAUUCCCUUUAUUUUGAAAUUAGACACUUAACAGAACUGUAACUAAAGAAAAAAAAUGACUUAUGUACAGAAACUUUUUCUCACAAUUUUUUGUUUAAGUUUUUUGUUCCCCCAUAGGAUCACGUUAUAAGUAAUACUGCUUUUCACCACCAGGAUGUGCUGUUUCACUCAUCUAAACUGCUUUAACUCAUGAUGCACAACUCAAAGGAUGUAUCAAACAUGCACUUAAUAUCAACAUUACAGUUCAGAAUAUAAUUUGUGAAAAAAGCUGAUUAAAUGAACACUUUGGUGUUUUUUAUGUUAGUUACUCUGGUUUUUAGAUUAUUUUGUAAAGACUUCUACUGUGAAGUACAAUCACAUGCCCUGAAAGGCACGUUUUGUAAAAAAACAAACAAAAAAAAACCCUUUGACUCCUCUUUGUACUUUGAAAGCUGUUCAUACAUUAAAAAAUGUGGAACUUAGUUUCUAUGGUAAAAUAAAUUUUUCAAUUUAA